AUGCUGAAGCGCACCAAAUACAGCCGUCUCCGCAACGAUUCACUCUCGUCUCUGGAGGACCGGCCCAUCAGACCUCUGCCCCUGAAGAGGAACCUGCAUCUGGACCAGGACCCCGCCCCCCUCGCCCCCCUCGCCCCGCUCGCCCCGCUCGCCCCGGUCCCAUCCACGCUCAGGGACUUCAUGGCCAACAUCCGAAUCCAAAGCCCCAAGCAAGACUGGACCGGACCCCCAAAACCGAUCACAAUCCCGGGACACAGGGAUAGGACUGACCCGAGGUUGUUGACUCAGGUGUCUCUUGGUGACGGGGAUGACGGCGUGGCGUUGAGGUGCAUCAAACGCCCCAUCACCCUGCAGCGCAUGGUCAGCCUGCCCUGGACGCCCGGCUGUGUCCCGUGUGACCACCACAGACGGGACAAGUGCUGCUGGGACGGGGACUGCUCCGAGAAGGCCCGAGUGAAGACCGCGAUUCACCAUGACAUUAAGUACAUGGGCAGUGUGGAGGUGACCCAGUCCAUGAGGACUCUGGAUUUCACAGCUCGGAUGCAAGUCACAAGAGAAGCAAUAAGCAGACUGUGCCAAAAGAGCUCCACCAAGACGUCAGUCAAGUCCAAAAAGGUGGGGGCGGGUCACAAAGGCCUGUGUUUGGUUCUGGGGCAGAGCGACCUGAGCUUCAACAGGAGCAAAGUCAUCCUCAGUGUGUCCACAGAGAGUCUGAGUCUGCUCUGUGUCUCCUCCCUGCAGAAAAUCGCUCACCACUCGAUGCAGUCCAUCUCGUUCGCCUCUGGGGCCGACCCGGAAAUGGCCGACUUCGUCGCUUAUGUGGCUAAAGACCAGGACAAUCACAGAGCCUGUCAUAUCCUGGAGUGUCCACAGGGGCGCGCUGCAGAGGUCAUAAACAGCAUCGGACAGGCUUUUGAAACACGCUUCCACCAAAUGCUCAGGCAGUCCUCUCCGCUCCUCGGCCACAGUCACAGGUCAGCGCACAGUCCCAGGUCACAUUCACACACAGACCAAAGACUCACAUCAGGUCUGAACUAUUACAACAUGCUCCCAGAGAAGACGCCCCCUGCUGUCAAGACAGAGGAACUACUGAACUCAGAGCGGGACAAGACACAGGACGUGACUCUGCAAAGGGUUUGUUCUUCUCCACCUGGGACCUUGUAUGAAAACUGCUCCACCACUGAACAUCGAACAGCGCCCUCUGGAGAGAGUUUAGAUGUCGACACAAUUUGCCAAAUAAAAGACGCCAGGAUCCAGGAUGAAGACUGGUUUCAUGGCAGACUGGACCGGGAGCAGGCGGAGUCGCUCCUGAGCACCAGCGGGGACUUCCUGGUGAGAGAGAGCCACACGGGGCAGUAUGUCCUUAGCGGGAGAGGGGGCGACACUGUGCGACACCUGCUGCUGGUGGAUCCCAACGGACAGGUUCGCACGCGGGACAAAGUCUUCCUCGGCAUCGCUCACCUGAUCCAGUUCCAUGUGGAGAGCCAGAUGCCCAUCCAGUGUGGGACAAGUGAACUGUGUCUGAAACAACCCAUCCCCCCGAAACACUAGCGCCCCCUA